UCCUGUCCUUCCUUGACUUCUCAUUACUGCUCUCUGAUUACUGUUAUACUGUUAUAAGAAGUCCACUGCUCCACCCGGAGGGAUGGUGUCACAGCAACAAGGUUCCUGGUUCAAACCACAACUAUGGCCUUUCUAGUUGGAGUUUACACACUUUCCCUGGUACACAGUCCAAAGACAUGCAUGUUCAUUCACGUUAGGUUAACUGGUGAUUUAGUUUAGUCCAGUUUUAUUUGUAUAACAUCAGUUACCUCCAGGCCUUUUGUAGGUAAACAUCCUACAAUAUUAGAGAGAAAACUUGAAUUGGACAAUUCCCAACAAGCAGGGAUGGAAACAGUGGGACGGUAAAGCUUCUAAUAGGGUUGGGGAGACCCUCAAAGAACUUCCUUACAGUGUCCUCAGUUGAAAUCAGCAGCACAUGCCAUGCCGCCUGUAUGUGAGCAGGAAGCUGCUUCCUCUCAGGACAGCUGCUCUGGCCACAACAAAGACUAUCAGAACCUGGCCUGAUGAAGCCUUACAGCAGCUGCAGGACUGUCCCCACACGACCAGGACAUUUUGGAACAUCCAGACCUGGAGGUGUACUGUGUUAGCUGGUCUAUCCCAACCACAAGCCCUGGAUGACCAGGGACGUCCACUGGCUGCCUUCAGAUUUAGUGACAGGGUACGCUACAACGCCAAAUCACACUACAGGUGGAAGAUCACCUGGCAACAACAGCAGGCAGGUGUGGCAGGGAGUACAGCACAUCACCGAGUACAGGAGCAGUCACAGAGCUGCCCAAGUUUUUAUGCAGACUUUGGGCCCCUCAACCUGGCCAUGCUGUACAGAUAUUGCUGGAAACUCAACAAGAAGCUGAAGUCUUUCACAAUGUCUAGAAAGAGACUGGUCCACUACACCAGCUAUGACCAGAAGAAGAGAGCCAAUGCUGCUGUUCUCAUUGGUGCCUAUGCUGUGAUCUAUUUGAAGAGAAGCCCAGAAGAUGCCUACAGGACUCUGAUAACAGGAAACAACACAGGCUACAUGCCGUUUAGAGAUGCAGCGGUCGGAGAGUGCUCAUUUAACCUCACUGUCCUAGAUUGCUUACAAGGAAUCCACAAGGCAUUACAACAUGGUUUCCUGGAUUUUGAAAGGUUCAGUGCAGAAGAAUAUGAACAUUAUGAGCGAGUUGAAAAUGGAGAUAUGAACUGGAUCAUUCCGGGAAAAAUCCUGGCGUUCAGUAGCCCUCAUUCUCGUGGUAAGAUAGAAAAUGGUUAUCCCCUUCACACACCCGAGGCAUACUUCUCAUACUUUUGCCAAAAUGACAUAACGACCGUGGUUCGUCUGAACAGGAAGUUGUAUGAUGGCAGGCGGUUUGAGGAUGCAGGAUUUGAGCACCACGACCUCUUCUUUCUUGAUGGGACCACGCCCUCUGACCUCAUCAUCAGACGCUUUCUGCAUGUGUGUGAAAGUACAGACGGGGCAGUGGCAGUGCACUGUAAAGCUGGAUUAGGCCGCACGGGCACUCUGAUUGGCUGCUACCUGAUGAAGCACUUCCGGUUUACUGCAGCUGAGGCGAUUGCUUGGAUCAGAAUUUGCAGACCUGGAUCUAUCAUCGGGCCACAGCAAAACUUCUUAGAAGAGAAGCAGCACAGUUUGUGGGUUCAGGGUGACGUGCAUCGGUCUAAACAGAAGAUGGUCCAACAGAGACUGAGUCGGCAGCAGCAGCUGCAGCAACAGCAGCUUCACCGCUCUGACUCUGUGCAGGGAGGGAAACAGGGGCCAGUGUCCUCCCUGCUUUCCAGCAUGGAUGACCUGUCAAUCAACACCGUCCUCUGCAGGUCAUAUAGCACGGAUGAGAAUAACUGCAAAGAAGUCAGUCUGACACAGGGAGACAAACUCAGAGCACUGAAGGGAAAACGGCCACCGAGAUCAGUGUCAUCCUCCUCAAGGUUAAACCUGUCCAAGACUUCACCCUGCUCCAUCCUCCCUCCCCCCAAGCCCUCCAAAGUCCACCUUUCCCUCACCCCCUCUUCUACUAAAAGGCUGGUACGAAGUUCCUCUACCACCACUGCUCCACACAUCAGGAGUCCCUUCAGCCUCAGUUUGUUCAGCACCAGGCCAGCACUGAUUCACUGACUUCACACCUGGGACGUUCUGGUCUGGUCAUGAAUCAGCCCGGCUGAUGAUAGACUUGCUGAAAACUGGAUCAGCUCUCUUGCAAUGUUUGGUCGUUUAAUAGGCCUUAAUUCCUUUUUUAGCCCCAAUAACUACUUUUCAUUUUGACAGACAGAGCCAACAGUUUGUCACCACUUUAAGGGCUGAUUAACUGGUCACGUGAUCCAUUCUGUGGUAAAAGGACUGACACCUUAAAUCAUCACGUCUCUUGGGUAUAGCAGGCAGGUAACUGUUAAAAACUGCUGCUGCAUAUUGCAUAUAUAACAUCUGCUAGAUGCUGAAUGUCCUGUUUUCACAAUUAUUUUGCUGGAAGCAAAAGACACGUGCAGGUGCAAAGACCAAACAACGCUAACAGGGGAUAAAAGGUUGUGGCCAGAGGACAGAGUCAGAUCAUCGCCAAGAGCAGUUUGGUGCUUCUGAUAAACGGCUGCUGCCAUUUGUCCAUCCAAAGUUCAGAACCACAGGAUGUAGACGGCCUGAAGCGCCUCAAUGCAUUAGCAAAGCGAAAGUUAUCACAUCUGCUGUGAAUUCCUUCUAGAAACUUCAGCGCAGAUUCAAAUCAUGGUUCUUCAUGUUAACGGUGCACAUAAAUCACAUUAGUGUCUCUUAACAGGAUUCAUCCCGCCACCUCAGUACACUCUGGAAUGGUUUGAUGAACAUGGAAAAACUGCAGAUACCCUCUAUCUCAGUCUGAAUGAGCAGCUGAUCUACCAGAGUCACUCAGAUCUGCACCUUCCCAAUUUAAACUAUCAGGACUUUUACGACUCGUUACCAACGUCUUGGUUGCAGAAACGCAGACCUUUAAAAGUCGUACCAAAAUCCACAGGAUCACAGGUUUAUUGGCUGCACAUGAUGGACCUAGCAUAUUUGGCAAGUUGUUGCAAUGUUGUCUCUCCAUUUUCAGUACUUUAGUAACCUGGUUGGGGUUAGAGAACCAUAGCAAAUCACAUCUUUUGUAAGAGACUGGUGCUCAUUGUUCAAGAAUUAACAACUGGACACAAAAUUGUCUUGCAAGAGCAAGAGUGAUAGACUGCUUCUGCUAUAGAUGUUAUUUAUAUUUUUCAAGACUAUUUCAUCCAUAAAGUAUGACAAACUUAUAUUUGUUGGUCUUUUAAUGUUCUAAUAAUCCAGUCACAUGCAAAGCAGAGCGAGGGACAAAAAGCCACGACAUGCUUAUAAUGCACUUUACCUCUGAGCACACAUGCUAGCAAUAAAAGACAAAAAAGAGUCAUUAAAGGAAAUCAAUUAAAUGAAGACAGAGAUUCUGAGUUUCAUACAUGUCAAUCAUCACAAACGUAUCAGACUGAACAAGGCACACACUUUAUUUCACAGGUUCUAACAUGAAAGUCAUUCAUAUUCAUACACUGAAUUUGUCAACAGUACUUUGGGAAAAAGACAAAUAUUUUGAAGGAAAUCAUACAUAAAGCAAAUUCACUAUGUUCAGCUUUGCACUAUUUUUUUCUUGCAGUAAAAUUCUUAAUAUGCAAAUGAUGUUCAGCUUUGAAACUGUUGCUGCUGUCAUACUUUACUGUAUCUGAAUGUGUGUCAGACUGUGUGACGAUGACAGCAGCUCAGAUGUGCUGUCUGAUUGGUCGUUUACUCCAAAGGAGGAAAAUGAGUCAGUGGUGACACAUAGUUUGAGGUGAUGACUAACGGUAGUGUGAAGUGCUGAAAUCAACAAUAAAGUCCAAGUAAUGAUGA